CGCCCCCUUCUCCUUUCCUUGCCCCACCUUCACUGCCCCUCUAACCUCUGGACUUGUGUACUUUUUCUUCUCCGGCCUGGGGCACGGCGCAGCACCCAAAGGAACCUGCCUCGUCCUCAUGGCCUGCCUGAGCUCCUCGCAGCUCCAGAAGUUUCAGGAGGAUGGCUUCCUGGUGCUGGAAGGAUUUUUGUCAGCGGAUGAAUGUGUAGCCAUGCAACAGAGGAUUGGCGAGCUAGUGGCCAACAUGGAUGUCCCUCUCCACUGCCGCACGAUAUUUUCCACCCAGGACGAGCAGCUGAAGGUCCUGGACAACAGAGACUAUUUCUGGAACAGUGGCGACAAGAUCCGAUUCUUCUUUGAGAAAGGCGUUUUUGAUGAGAAAGGAGAUUUCCUGGUCCCUCCCGAGAAAUCCAUCAACAAAAUUGGCCACGCUCUGCAUGCCCACGACCCUGUCUUCAGGAGUGUCACACACUCUCCCAAAGUGCAGGCCUUAGCCAAAAGUCUGAGCCUCCAGAUGCCCGUGGUGGUGCAGAGCAUGUACAUCUUCAAGCAACCUCAUCUUGGUGGCGAAGUCACUCCUCACCAGGACGCCACCUUCCUGUACACGGAGCCCCUGGGCCGGCUGCUGGGCAUAUGGAUAGCACUGGAGGAUGCCACGCUGGAGAAUGGCUGCCUCUGGUUCAUCCCGGGCUCCCACACCAGUGGGGUGUCGAGAAGGCUGAUCCGGGCCCCUGCUGGCUCGAUGCCUGUCACCAGCUUCCUUGGGUCUGAGCCUGCCCGGGAUAACAGCCUCUUUGUGCCCACACCAGUGCGGAGAGGGGCCCUCAUCCUAAUCCACGGAGAGGUGGUGCACAAAAGCGAGCAGAACCUCUCGGACCGCUCACGCCAUGCCUACACUUUCCACCUCAUGGAGGCCUUGGGCACCGUCUGGAGCCCGGAGAACUGGCUCCAGCCAACAGCUGAGCUCCCCUUUCCCCCGCUGUAUACCUAAACAUCCUCUCGGGGCCGGGCCCGGUCUGUCCGGGCGAAGCUGCGGCCGGGCAAGCACCAGCACCUCGCCCCCCUGCCCAGCUGCGAAGGGGAAGUCGAGUCUCUCCUCCAGUGCUUUCUCCCUGCCAGGGUCUGUGCCCCUUGGCCCUGCAGACAGGCAGGCGAGAGGUGGCAGGCGGGCAGCAGGAGCCUGCACCGCAUGGCUUUCCGGAGAAGACCUCUGUCUCCUCUUCCUCUCCCCUGCCCCAACCCAACCUCCCCCUGGAGGCAGCCUGUUACUACGAAAGGGUUCUGGCUGCUUCUCUGCCAGCUUCCCACUGUUCUCUCCUCUCAGAGGGAAUUCUGAUUAUUACGGUGCAGGACAUUCAAUAAAAGCGACUUCUGAA